CUUUGUAGACAAGUAGUUUUGUUUGAAUUAGUGUAAUCAUAUAGCAUCUUCUCUUUCUUUUUCAUCUUCUUCAUCAUCUUCAAUUCAAUUCUUCAUGCUACUCAAACUCAUUUAGUCAUGGAGUACGGCAAUUGGGCUGAAUCGCUGCAAACAGAAACCCCACUCCUCUCUUUCCCCCAACCUUCCUCAUCAUCUUAUGCUCCUGCACCAUCUCAGACCACCCAUUAUCCCUCUUACCCUCAAAACCCUAACCCCUCUUCUUCUCUUCCCCUCAAACCUCCUGGGGUUGAUUCCCUUCCGCCCUCCAACCCUAUUAUGUAUUCGAAUCAUGAAUCUGUUCCCAUUCCCAGUUUGAUCUAUCCCCAGACCCAUGUUGGGACUGGUUCUGAUUCUGGGUACUAUGUAAACCAGAACUGGGCUGCCAGAGAAGCUGUUAGGCAAUUUGGUUCUGACCCAACUGUCUAUGCGCCUGGUAUCUCUAUACCAUCCAAUGGCUCAGAACAAUCGGCUAUGUGGUGGGCAAAUACUGCAGCUCAACUUCAUGGCAAUGGAAUACUGAAUAAAAAACAAAAGAAAGCUAAAACUAAGGUUGUGCAACCUGCAUAUUGUGAAGUUUGCAAGAUAGAAUGCACUGGCAAGGAAGUGCUGGACCAACAUAAAUUAGGAAAGAAGCACAAAAGGAACUUGGAAAAACUAAGAGAGUCAUUGAAAUCAACCCAAGUUCAACCAUCUGGGUCAUCUAAUCCCGUAAUAGGACCCCAAUUACCAGACAACAAGAGCAAAUCAACCACCAGUGGGAACAAGAUUAAGAGAAAAAAAGCUGAAACCCUUGAAGACUUGGAGAAAAAGAAAAAGAAGGUUCUUGAUGGUGGGGCAGCAGCUGAAGCAGUUAAGAUAUGUGCUAUAUGUAACGUGGUGUGUAAUAGUGAGACAGUCUAUAAUUUUCAUCUUACUGGACAAAAGCAUGCUGCUAUGCUGAAGAAAGCAUAUGAUCAUACACAGUCCUAUGCCAGUUGAAAUCUCCCCUUAUAUUUAGGAACAUAGCUUGUUUUGGCACCUUCAUUCUGCAUUGGAAUAGAGUAUCCAAUUCUCAAUUUUUAGUUUAGAUAUGAACUUGGGUGAGUAUAUACACUUUUAGAUUGUUUUAGCAGAUGAAAACUCGAGAUGUAUCAUACCUUCGUCUCAGCAAGAACAUAUAAUCUUGCAUGCUCAAAGGUAUUUUUU